GCUCGUGUGGAGCUGCCGGAGCAGUCCCCAUGUGAAGCCUCUCUGUGUUCCCCUGCUCUAGUUCGAUGACUUCUCCCGGGAUUUGUGUGUCCAGUCGCUCCUGGAGAUCAUGGACAUGUUCUGUGACCGCCUCAGCUGCCAUGGCAAGGCUGAGGAGUGCAUCAGCCUGUGCAGGGCACUGCUGAGUGCCCUCACCUGGCUCCUGCGCUGCGCCACCUUCUACGCCGAGAAGGUGAAGGAUCCUCUGGAGCAGGCAGCAGCAGAGAACCAGCUGAAGAUGUGCCUGGAGAGGCUGGAGAAGGUGCUCAGCAGCACCAAGAACCGUGCCCUGAUCCACAUUGCCAAGCUGGAGGAGGCCUCCUCCUGGAGCACCGUGGAGCAGUCCCUGCUCAAGCUGGGAGAGAACCUGAACAACCUUGGCAGCUCCCCGCUGCGGAGCCAGGCUGAUGACUGCGUGUCCCUUAUCAAGAGCAUCCCCACCAUGCUCUCAGUCCACUCAGAGCAGCUGAACAAGACAGGCUUCCCCACCGUGCACGCCGUGGUGCUGCUGGAGGGCACCAUGAACCUCACAGGAGAGACCCAGCCCCUGGUGGAGCAGCUGAUGAUGGUGAAGAGGAUGCAGCGCAUCCCCUCCCCUCUCUUCGUGCUGGAGAUCUGGAAGGCCUGUUUUGUGGGCCUCAUCGAGUGUCCUGAGGGCACAGAGGAGCUCAAGUGGACAGCCUUCACCUUCCUGAAGAUGCCCCAGGUGCUGGUUAAACUCAAGAAGUAUCCCCAAGGGGACAAGGAUUUCACUGAGGAUGUGAACUGUGCCUUUGAGUUCCUGCUGAAGCUGACCCCUCUGCUCGACAAAGCCGACCAGCGCUGCAACUGCAACUGCAUGAGCCUGCUCCUGCAGGAGUGCAGCAAGCAGGGGCUGCUCUCUGAGGCCAACAUGAACAACCUCAUUGAUAAACGGGCCGCAGACAAGGAAAACUCUCCGUCCCUGAAAUCGGCCGAGAACGCCAACAUCCAGCCCAACCCUGGGCUCAUCCUGAGGGCUGAGCCCACUGUCACCAACAUCCUGAAGACCAUGGAUGCAGAUCACUCCAAGUCCCCUGAGGGCCUGCUGGGGGUCCUGGGUCACAUGCUGUCUGGGAAGAGCCUGGACUUGCUGCUGGCAGCAGCAGCAGCCACUGGGAAGCUGAAAUCCUUCGCUCGCAAGUUUGUCAAGCUGAAUGAAUUCACCAAGCAAAUCACCGGGGAAAUCUCCAAGAGUGGCCCAGUCCGGGCUCUGCUCUUUGACAUCUCCUUCCUCAUGCUGUGCCAUGUGGCCCAGACCUAUGGCUCAGAGGUGAUCCUGUCAGAUUCCAACCCUCCAGGGGAGGUGCCCUUCUUUGAGACCUGGAUGCUGACCUGCAUGCCCGAGGAGGGGAAGAUCCUCAACCCCGACCACCCCUGCUUCCGCCCGGAUUCCACCAAGGUGGAGUCCCUGGUUGCCCUCCUCAACAACUCCUCUGAGAUGAAGCUGGUGCAGAUGAAGUGGCAUGAGGUGUGUCUGAGCAUCUCAGCUGCCAUACUGGAGAUCCUCAAUGCUUGGGAGAAUGGAGUCCUCAGCACUGAGUCAAUCCAGAAAAUCACAGAUAACAUCAAGGGCAAGGUGUGCAGCAUGGCAGUGUGUGCAGUGGCCUGGCUGGUGGCCCAUGUCCGCAUGCUGGGCCUGGAUGAGCGGGAGAAAUCUCUGCAGAUGAUCCGGCAGCUGGCAACGCCUCUGUACGGGGAGAACACGCUGCAGUUCUACAACGAGCGCGUGGUGAUCAUGAGCUCCAUCCUGGAGCACAUGUGUGCGGAUGUCCUGCAGCAAACGGCCACACAGAUCAAAUUCCCCUCCACUGGCAUGGACACCAUUCCCUACUGGAACCUUCUGCCCCCCAAGAAGCCCAUCAAGGAGGUUCUGACCAGCGUGUUCACCAAGGUGCUGGAGAAGGGCUGGGUGGACAGCCGCUCCAUCCACAUCUUCGACACCCUGCUGCACAUGGGGGGGGUCUACUGGUUCUGCAACAACCUGGUCAAGGAGCUGCUGAAGGAGACAAGGAAGGAGCACACGCUGAGGGCUGUGGAGCUGCUCUAUGCCAUCUUCUGCCUGGACAUGCACCAGCUGACACUGACACUGCUGGGCCACAUCCUGCCCAACCUGCUGACAGACUCCUCCAAGUGGCACACCCUCAUGGACCCCCCUGGGAAGGCUCUGGCCAAGCUCUCAGUUUGGUGUGCCCUGAGCUCCUACUCCUCCCACAGCAAGGUGCAGGCCUCAGCCCGGCAGAAGAAGAGGCACAGGGAGGACAUUGAGGUGUGUCUGGGUGGGCAGGGGCUGCCUGGAGGCUCUCUGUGCCCAAAAGCAGCAGUGGCUGGGGAAGGUGAGGGUGGCAGGAGUGGGUGGAGCGGGAAUGGGCUGGGACAGCCCCGCUCUUGA